GUCUCCCUUUGGGGGCUUGGGCCACUAACUGGUAUGCUCUUGUGUGGGGCCACGCACCCGGGCAGCGCCGUUCUUACACGGGUGUCAGGACCGGGCCCCCAGACCACAGGGCCAGCAGCCUGCGGGACCUUCGCCUGGCCAUUUCCGGGGGGUGGUGACGCAGGAGGACUAAGGGUCUGCCUCCUCACACCCCUCCACCCCACUGCACCUGGUUCUCGCCCUGGCCAGCUCUCCGGCAGGCCCUGCGGCCCUGGCCUGGUGGCUCCUGCAGUGUGUGGAGGCCAGGGCCCUGGGCUGGGCCUUCUGUGAAGGACGUGGUGAUUGGCGCUUCCACGGCCAGCGGAGCCUAACGCAGAGCCAGCACCGUCCUGCCCAGCGAGGGCUCCAGCAGCGCCCGCUUGUCUUGCUCCUUCUCUUGUCUUGCCCGCCCGCUCCCUUCCUCCGUGCCCACAGCGGGCGCACUGUGCCCUUGCAGGGGCCUCCUGCAGCCUCCAGGCUCUCCUGCCCCAUGAGGCAGAGUUGGGCAGCGUCACCACCUGUCCCCUGGCUGUCUGGGGCAGGGCAGUCAGAUCCGCCCUGGGGCAAAGGGCGGGGUCUGGAGAAGCCGGGGUCAGCCCAGGGCCCUCUGCUGCCUCCUUGGGGCCUGAGGCCAGGGAGGAGGUCGGGCUGACAGGGUGACUCGGAGCUGUCUACUUACGCUUGUUUUUGUGCCUCAAGGAGCCACCUUCCUCGUAAGUUUUGGAAACUCCGAGAAAUCAGAAACGAUGGUUUGUCGUCUUUCCAGCAACCAGAGGUACCUGCUGCUGGACGGGGCCAGCCACCACGAGAUCGAGGUCACACACAUCUUGGCCGUGCAGGUCCUCACGGAAGGCUUCCCCGCUGGAGACAAAGACACGCACACUUACACCAGCCUCCUGGGGAGCCCGCCCGCCUCCGAAGGUCAGCCUCGCUCCCAGCAUGCCGUGGGCCAUGCCCCGCCUCUGCUGCGGGAGGUGGGGGGUCGCACAGGGCCUCUGAGAAAUGCUCAUUCACUCCUUUUGGCCAGUUUGAAAGAGGGUUGGCAUCUAAGCACCAAUGGGAAUGUCCUGGGGAAGAAGGGGAUUUGCUGUUUCCUCACCCCAGGGGGGUGUCACCCCUGUUUCCCAACCUCUUGUUGGAACUGCUGUCCCUGAGCAGGUGGGGUGCAGGGUGUCGGGGAGCAGGGCAUGGGUGGCCCUUCCGGCACCUUCCUGACCGUCACAGCGGGCGCACUGUGCUCCUCCAAGGGCCUCCUUGCGGCCCCCGGGCUUGCCUGUCCCGAUGGGGCAGAGCGGGCAGUGUCACCACCUAUUCACAGGCUGUCUUGCCAGUGGGCAGUCAGAUCCACCCUGGGGCAAAGGGCAGGGUCUGGAGAAGCUGGGUCAGGUCAGCCCAGGGGGCCUCUGCCGCCUCCUUGGAGCCUGAGGCCAGGGUAGUAACUAUUCAGGUUUGUCAGCCCGAGGGACUGUUGAAAGUAGCCAGAGGAGAUGGCCCAUGUCCCUGGCUGUGCCAGUGAAACUCCUUACAGUCAGGAGGUGGGUGGAGCCACCAGACUGACAGACAGGAGCGCAGGCGUGAGCUCCUGACAGGUCAUAGGAGGCCUUCGGGCCUCUCAACCGGGGCUCCCCGCACCGGCCUGGCGCAGAGAGGGCUGGAGGCAGGGAGGGGCUCCCAGAGGAGAGCACUGCCCAAUGGGUGGCCUCCUGCAGCCGCCAGGUAAAGUGUAGGUGACUCACCAGGGGCCUGCUGUCCACAUAGCCGUCCUCGCUGCCGGGCACUGAAGGGCCCCUCAUCCCGAGUGGCUGGUCCUGGGAGGUUUUGGCAGGAGUCGUCCCAGGGAGCAGCUGGCCCCAGAGAUGGGCACCAUCUCCGCGCCCCGUCCCCCGCGUGGCAUCGCGGCGGGAGCUCGAGUAUCGGUAGAUGGGCCCCUGGGCUGGUGCCUCCCUGGUGCUAAGCCCUGCACAGCUCCCCCGGCCGUGACCCUGGUCCUCAGGUGGGCAGCACUGACCGCCUGGCCUCUGCCCUGGUGCAGGCAGGGGUGACAGCUGAGCACAGGCCCCUGCCACCUCCUAGACCUGCACCAGGGUAGGGAGUGGCGUCUGAGCCUGCUGCCUGCCUC